AUGAUCGCAGACCAGGAAGAAGAAAUGUGUCAUUUAAAAGAAGAGAACAAAAGAGACAUGCAGCCGUUGGUGAUUAAAGAAGAAACUCUCCCUGAGCACCAGGAAUUGAAUAUGAGUGCUGACCAGGAGGACAUUAAAGAAGAAGAGAAGCUGUGGAUAAGUCAGCAGGGAGAGCAGCUUCAGCAGCUGGAGGAGGCAGAUCUCACCAAGUUUGGUUUCACUACCGUCCGUGAGAAGAGUGAAAAUGUUAAUGAAAAACCAGAGUCAUCACAGCUUCAUCAAAGCCAAAGUGAUGAGCUCACAGAGGCUGAGCCUGUACCCAGCAGCUCAUCUGUACACAGAACACUGACAGCAGAAGCUGAUGGAGAGGACAAUGGAGGACCACAACCAGCCAGCAACUCAGGUCCAAAUAGUCAUUUACACCCAGACACCAGUGGCAGGGGUUCAGACAGUUCUGAAACUGAGAAUGAUGACAGUCAUGACUGGAAACAGACCAGAGAACUUCAGUCACAUUUUAACUGUCGAAAAAAUAUCAAUAGUGUUAGUUCAAGCAAUUGCAACAUUGCUGAGAAACAGCUUAAUUGCUCUAAAUAUGUAAAAGCAUCUGGUCACAUGAACAACUCAGAGCAACACAAGGAGAGGCAAGCAAGCAGAAAACCACUUAGCUGUUCUGAUCAAAGUAAAAGUCAGAAACAAAAGGGAACUCUGAACAAACACAUGAAAAUUCAUACAGGACAAAAACCAUUUGUCUGUUCUGAGUGUGGUCAAAGAUUUGGACGAAAGCGCGACCUGAACAGACACAUGAUAAUUCAUUCAGGACAAAAACCAUUUGGCUGUUCUGAAUGUGGUCGAAGAUUUGGACAAAAAAGCCACCUUACCAGACACAUGAUAAUUCAUACAGGACAAAAACAAUUUGACUGUUCUGAAUGUGGUCAAAGAUUUGGACGUAAGAGCUCCCUGAACGCACACAUGAUAAUUCAUACAGGAGAAAAACAGUUUGGCUGUUCUGAAUGUGGUCAAAGAUUUGGUCAAAAGAGCAGUCUGAAUGCACACAUGAUAAUUCAUACAGGACAAAAACAGUUUGGCUGUUCUGAAUGUGGUCGUAGAUUUGGUCAAAAGAGCAACUUCAAAGCACACAUGAUAAUUCAUACAGGACAAAAACAGUUUGGCUGUUCUGAAUGUGGUCGAAGAUUUGGAUUAAAGAGCAACCUGAACAGACACAUGAUAGUUCAUACAACUUCUGCUAGUGCUGCAGGGAGACAUCUCUCCUUUGUCAGCACUCAGCAGGAUAAUCCACCAGAUCCCCAAAUUAUUGAUCCUGGACCCCAGCAGCAACAGCCUCAAAGGGCAAAAAGAAAUUAACCAAACUCCAACUAUGUAAAUUGGUCCAUUGAGGAGAAGAAAAAGAUCUUACAUUGCUUUGCUUAUUCAGGAUAUGAGUGGGGCAAAAAUAGGCAUGUUCUCUUAAGAAAAUUGCCUGUGACCCUAUCGUACCAAGUAGUCAUCUUUUCCAUGGGCUUGACCACUGUCCUCUCAAUGACAAGCAGAGCUGGGCUGCUUAGACUAUCCUUCUGUUAGUCCCAGCAUUCAUCAUGAAGAUGCUGAUGGGUACAGCAAAUUUAAUCAGUAUGCCCCCCCCCCCCCCCCCCCCGCAGUAAAUCUGUUUCUGUAUGUAACUAUGGAGAGAAAUAAAUUUAACACACACUUCCAAAAAUACACGAAACCUCAUAAAAAAAUAUGAAAGUCGCAGACCAUUCGUACCAAUGAACGGAAGGAGCCAAGUGUUCCUAAAUAUGAACAUAUUCUCUUCACUCCCACAUAUCUGGAGAGAAUGUGACAUACGCAGAAUAACAAUCAUUGAUUUGAGUAC